UUAUGUUUUCAUCUGGGAUUACAGAUGGUAAUAUUACGAUCGGGGCACUGGCUUGGAUCUUAAUGGCAAUGGGUUAAUACUCAGGACUUAACUCUAUUUAAAAGCCUUUCACCGAGCCGCGUCCAGUACGCAUUCAGAGUUGCAUCAAUUGGGAACAUCAUUUCCAUUGCACAUAGAGUUUCAUUCAAGAGGUACUGAAUGGGUUCUCCAUCACUUACAGGAAGUACUUUUGUGUAACUUUCUGUACUGUUUUACAUUUGGUCUAGUUUUCAGUAGGGGACACUUUCCCUUUUUUUAUUAUUAUUUUCCAUGAUGGCAGCUGCUGAACUGGACUCAAAAUCAGAAGCUACCGACACUGUGCCGGAAGCGCCAGAACAUGAGCAGAUCCUCAACAUAAUGAGUUACGCACAGCGUGGACGAAUGGACGAACAGCGUUGCUCCUUAAAUCCUGUUAAAACUGGACAAAUCAAAACUACGCCUGCAGGUUCAAACUAUGGGCAACACCUUGAUGACACACUGCGGGUGUCACUGCCGGGGUUUAACUACCAGGAACCAGGGAGUAAUAACCAUCACGGCUCUGCACCUCAGAUUUCUGUGACAGAGUGUACUCCUGAUACACACAGGAAGCUUCUGGUGGUACCACACAACCAAGGACAGGAUGAAUUACCUGAUGAACAACAGAAGUUCAUGAAUAUGAUCAGCCAUGCCCAGCGUGGACGCAUGGACGACCAGAGCUGUUCCUUGGAUCCCAGCAAGAGUGCUCCCUGCACACCCAAACCCAAAGACAGGAAGUCUGCUGCAAGUGCAUCAAACACAGGUCCAGAUUCUGAAUUGUUCUUCAACCUCUUGGCCAACACUCAGAACCAACGGCUCGACGACCAGCGAGUGUCUCUUCCAUCAUUACCAGGAUCAAAGAAGGAAAAUGACACGUCUACUGCAGGAGGAGAUUCAGGCUACUUGUGUUACAUGGUCUCUAAAGUCCAGGGUACCAGAAUGGACGAGCAAAGAUGCUCACUACCUCAACUCAAAACCCCAACGCCCCAGCCUACACCACUAAAGGAUACGAUUACGUCUCCGUCUAGUUCAGGCCCUCCACGUUCAGCCUCAUUCAGCCCCGCCUCAUACAUAGAACGACCAAAGACUAAAGAUAAAGCACCUCAAAAACAGGCCUUGACUGAUGCUGAAGAGGACGAUUUAUUUUCCUUAAUGAGUCAUUUCCAGCGUGGGCACAUGGAUGAACAGCGAUGUGUCUUAAAUGCCAGUCCCAAGUCCACGCCCAAACACAAGCCCAGUCAGAGCACCGAGCCCAAAGGUCCAGAUUCUGAAAAGUUCUUCAACAUGCUGGCGAACUCUCAGGGCCGACGGCUUGACGACCAGCGAGUGUCUCUUCCUACGUUGCCAGGGAUACAGAACGGUGGUACCACGGCGACAUCAACUGCUGCAGAGAAGGAUGCAAGCUACUUGUGUUACAUGGUCUCCAAAGUCCAGGGCUCAAGGAUGGAUGAACAGAGAUGUUCUGCACCCCAAAUCUUACAAAAUACGGGUACCCCAUAUGUUCAACGCAAAGAUCAUCCCAUUGAUAAACCUCCCCAAAGGCGUUCCUCCUUAAACCAGGACAAACCUGACCAGGAGAAGCAGGAGGUAUCUCAGGCUGAACAGGAGCAGUUCUUUAAAAUGAUAAGUCAUGCACAAGGAGGACGUAUGGAGGGGCAACGUUGCUCUUUACAACCCAGCAGGAGUACACCUGCCACACCCAAACACAAUGGAGGUGCUUUAAAUAACGUACCCACAGCUGCAGACGCCGAUGCAUUCUUUAAAAUCAUGGCCUCUGGUCAGGGAGGACGGCUAGACGAUCAGCGUGUUGCACUUCCUACCCUGCCAGGGAUAAGAGGGAACUCUGAAAGAAAAGAAAAUGGUGGAAAUGCAAAGGCUGGAAUCACAGCUUCUCCACCACACAUCACUGUGGCUGAAAGUACCCCAACACCAUCCAGGAAGGACUGCUCCAGACCAACCUCUCAACCCCAAACGGUUCCUGCAUCAUCUGGCUCCCCCAGAGCUCUACCCAAAUCUGCUUCAUUUACCCCCGACACAGAACAUCAGAAGAAGCAAAGUUCCCCAGCACAGGUGACAGUGAGGGUGUCCAUGAGCUUCACACCAGAGCAGGCACAGAAGAAUACCGACCAACCAUGUACAUUCCCAGAAGUCUUCCUCACUCUAGGAGCCCCUGGAGAAAACCUCGUGAUCCCUCUGGGCGCAGCACCUGGCAGACCCCUGUCCUUUAACUUAAACCUUGUCCCAAAAGAAGACGCGAAGUCCAAGCAAUGCUCUCCGAGCCAUGCGAGUCCCAGAAAAGACCACUCAAGGUCGUCGUCUCCCAACCCACAUGAACAGGAGAGCGCGACCAGCCCCAUCAGUCCGGAUGAAGACUGCUUCUCUCUGAUUGAGAAGGUUCACACGGCCCAGCUGCAGAAGGGAGCGGCCCAAGGAGGACAAAAAGGGAAAGGGGAUCCUGGAAAGGAGAGGGAAAAGGCAGAGCAUGGGAAGGGAAAGGGGGUUGGAAAGAAAGAUAAGAAGGAUGGUGGCCAUAAACAAUAGUCAAGUAUGCUACAUUGUGAAUUAUCUAUUGUGGAAAACAAUAGAGAUGAAAUGUGAAGUGUCAGUAAUUGGCUUGGAAAUGUUUAUAAAAUUGUAUCUGUAAUUUUCAUAUGCCCACACUAAUUAGAAGCUCUUGCUGUAGUAGCCUACAACUCAUUCUGUUUUUAUUUUCAGGUUAUUUUUUGAGGCAUUUUAUUGUAUUUUUCUUCUUUACUGGUUAAAUGUUACAUAUACACAUUUUGUUUUGAGCAUAGUGGUACGGUAAGAACUCAUUGCUUUGCUUUUUCAAAUGUUAAUGCAAUGUAUACAGUUAAAGAUAAUACUGUUUUUAGCAUCAGAAUCAGCUUUAACGGCCAAGUAUAAGUGUGAACACAUACAAAGAAUUUGAGUCUGGUAUUUUUGCUGCUCUCAAUGUACAUGCAUAGAAAUAUACAUACGGCUAAAAAUGCUUUUACUUGCUUAUCCAAACAGAGAAAUUGUAGGUAGGUUGGAAAUGAAAACCCAAUACUCUAGCAAACUCUAAAAAAAAGAAAUACAACAAUAAAAACAGAAAUACCUAAAUCAAACCUUCAUGUCUGCUCCUGAUUGGUUGAACCACAUCGCUAAGCCCCGCCCCUAGGGGGGCCACUGUCCAAUUCUACGUUAGCAACCGUAACUAGGCGCAGCAGGAGGCCUGUUAAGAGUAGUGUCUAGAAGGUAACCCGUAAAUUGCGAAAUCUGACGCGAGAUCUGCAAAACCUCUCGCGAGACUCGUUUCCCGACCUAUACUAACCUUAACCAUCUCGCGAGAGUUUCCCAAACUUGCGGGUUCCCUUCUCGACACUACCUGUCAAGCUUUCAGCGGUAUGUGUGGAACCUGCAACUCCAACAGCAUCUCAGAGGGGUUUGUUGUAUUUUUCCGUUUUCCGAAGCCAAAAACACCAGAAGACUGAUGUCGGAUAUGAACUAAACCGUGUGAAAGACCUCACUCACAGCUGAAUCCAUCAAAUAUCAACAAAAACUCCUUUGUUUGCUUCAAGGACACUGUCAAAGAGAGGAAAAAGUUACCUUCCCAGUAUCACGGCUCUUGACUCUCAGCUUGUUGACCUGGGACUCAGCGAUGUCAGCGCGCUCCUGAGCUUCCUCCAGCUCAUGCUGGACCUUUCUCAGCCUGGACAUCAACAUACCCAGGAGCUCAGGCUUGUGGCCAGUCAUCAGCUGAUAGAAAAUAUGGUAGCUCCUCUCAGCCGACAACUGGAAGGUGACACGGGACUUCUCCAGCAGAUCUGUGAAUAACAAAUCAAGGAUCAGUUACGAAGAAGGCUGUUUUGGCAUCAAAUGGAGCAGUCUGGGCCUCAAUCCUCUCCCUCUCAGGCUUCCGGAGGUAAAUGGCCGCAGGGCCAUAGGCCCCCAUCUCUGCGUCUGUGCUCAUGAUGGCACCUUAAGUGACU